AUGAAUACCAGUCACGGAAAGCGGGUUGCCCGCUGGGUUUCUGCCACCAUGUUGAUUUUCGCGUCGUUGCAUCGCCUUAUGUAAGGGCCCUCCAAGACAUUCUUGGAGUCUGAAUUCCACGCCGUGGAUUCAGGAUUCCAGUUACUAGAUUGCAGAUCUUUUUCAAUGAAACUUGGAUUCCGGAUUCCAAUUGUCAGUGGCAUUCUGGAUUCCAAGGUCCCGGAUUCCCGAUUCAAAAUGCAAAAAAUUUCCCGCAUGCCCGAAUCCGGAUUCCCUUACUUGGGGCGAGUUGCAUCAAUCUGGUAAGUCAGUAGAGACCUUUAGCAUCAGAUUUUUCAUGGGAAACCGCAAACUGCAAACUGUAGUUUGCCGUUACGCGUUUCAGUGAAGUUUCACGUUGCCCGGAUUUCAAAUAUUAGCGAGGCGUUCAGUUCAGUUCAGUUCAUUUUUAUUUUGCCAAAAUAUAAUACAAUACAAGAAUACAUAUAGGAACUGUAAGUUGGCAAGGGAGCCCAAAAGAAACCAGAAGGCUUAUGAAGCCUGGGUUCCUCAAUCAUCCGAAGAAAUAAGUAAGACAAAAUGAAAUUCGCGCAGUGAUACGUUAAAAAUAGGAACUAAACAGAGACUGAGUUAAGUUAUGAAUUGAAAUGAAAACUCUGGACUGGAACAGAAAACUUUCUUAUGUUAGUACGGCAGAAAGGAAUAUAAAAUCGAUUUGAACUGCGCGUUCAUUGUUUAGUGCCGUCAUGUUGUUUUUUAUCAAGUCGAAGUGCAUCACUUUUAUUGCCCAAACAACAGGAAUAAUUCAUUGAUUCGAGAACAGCUGCAAACGCGACCGCAAGACCGUGGUCACGUGACAUUUUGUGGUUUGCGAUUUGCGGUUUUCCAUGAAAAACCUGAUGCUAAAGGUCUCUAGUGAGCAAACCAAAUAAUACCUAAAUGAUACAUUGUUUCUCCUUGGGCUAUCUUAGAGGCAAUAAGAUGGGACAAACAGCCUGAAAAACCAACAAUUCUGGUUGAAGGAGUAAACAACACUGGGGAGAGUCUGAAACUCGUCUGGACUUACGUUACUGAGGCAUCCGAAUCUAUUGACAGAGUCACAUUUCAAAGGCGAAGAGAUGAUGCUGAUCCAGCGGAAGAUAUUGCAAGCAGCGUAAACGGAGGAGCGUUUAAUGUUUUUUCAAAAUUUAUUUCAAACUACAGUGCAAGCGUUCCAGCUACAUUGAUUUUGAGAAAUCCCGUGACCAACGACGACGAGUUCAUAUAUUCUAUCGUGGUAUCGCCCUCCAGAAAUGACCGUCCUGUGCCAUCUCUUAUCGACAAAGUACAAUUAAUCGUGUUUGGUAAGUAAAGUAUCUCUUUACUUCUACGUUUUUCAGUUAUUUUUAACAUUUUCAGGCUAAGGCGUCUUUAAGAAGACUUUUCACAACACCCUCCUUUGAAGUUCUCUAGAGUAAGCCUGGCGUGGUCGGUUCCUAAAAUUAAUUUCCUCAUUUACUGGUUUCUGAAUCGUUACUUUAUUGAGUGUGAGAGAGAUUUAUUUACUUUACGUCAUUCUGAAACUCUUGAGAAAAGUCUAUGAAUGGCGGCUUAUGUAUUUUUGACAGUCCCUUUUUCGACAGUAAUUUGCGGUAAGCGUCGCAUGAGUACUUCCUCAAUGGAACGUGAGUUCGUUCUUGCGAGCCCGGCUUUAAUUUGAAAUUAACGAAAUUACAUUUUUUACAAUUUCUGCACGUGCCAUAAUGCUUCAAAAGCCUGAUUCUAUAUUAUGUUAGCUUACUUAAAAGUUAAAGUUUGAAAAUACUGAGUUUAUUGCUUCACAAAACCAUCAUUUUUCACGACACCACAAACUACAGACAUAAAUAUUAAUUAAUAUUUUUCCUCACGCGGCUUAGUUUUGAGUAAAAUACUUUCAAUCAUGUAGUAAAUUAUACAUCCAGUUAUAUAAAAGAGCAAAGGUUCCUUCGUUGCGUAAAUUAACCAACCAUAAAAGGACUCUUUACAAGUAGAGCAAUUAUUUUUAAAAAAGAAAUUUCGGGCGAAAACGAUUAACGAUAAAGCUUAUAUUGUUCGCCUAGAGAUCAAAUAUUCACGCCAUUUCACGCAAAACGUAAAAUAAGCAACUUUAAGGUAAAUUGUCGCCGUCGCCCAAUUAUUUUAAAUGUAUUAGGCAACUUGUUUUCAAAGUUUACGAUUUAGUUCUGAAAUGCGUAGGAAUUAUAGGUAUGGUGAAUCAUGGAAUGAUUUGCAUACAGAAUUGAGUGCUGUGUCAUUUUUCGUCGGGUACACAAUAUAUGAAUGCUGUAUAUGAUUUGUUUCUCCGUGCGAAAACAGUCAUGAUAACAGUAAAAAGCGCUUCGAGAGAUCAGUUGUCGAUUAGUCUCUUCAAUUUUGACAUGGUUUUACAGUUCCUACUUUUAUAUUGUAGACUCUGUACAGUAUAGACUGACAUUAAAGAAAAAAAACGUUGUCAUCGUUUUAUCCUUUCCGGCGACCUACA